AAAAUUACCGCAUAGUAGCAGGGCUGACUUCCCUCUUCGCACAGUACCGCACAUCAGGUUCCUUCUCUCCCUCGCGAAGGAAACGGACUUGCUCGAAACUUCUUUGUCUCCACUCAGACGGACUCUACUCUUCACGGCGAGCCCACCAGUGAAGCCGCCGUCGAAGAUGGUUGCCGGAAAACUCUUCACGCGCCGGCACGUGGGUCGGCGAGCAGGUUGCUCCGGUGGCGCGUGGCGGCGCGUGGCUGCUCCGGUGACGUUGCGACUCGAGCUCCGGCGUCGUCCUCCUACUCUGAGCCAGGCCCACUACCUCACUCUCACCACCCGCUCUGAUACCAUGUAGAAAACUAAAAGGAAGAAGCUUUGAACACUGACCUUGUUUCUUAUUUCUCUAUUUUCUGUGUAUUUCUUCACUGCUACACCUCAAAUAUAUAUACUACAACAAUGGACAGUUUAUAGACUCUUCACUUCCUAGUCUUUAUUUCUAUGCCUUUCUAUCUUCUAUAACUGUUUAUCUUUAACAGAAUUUAAGUGGAAAGUGUUGUAAGCUCUAAGAAGAAAGUGACUGAGGAAUUUUUAAAUUUUGGGCUUAUUAUAAACUUAUAAAGCCAAGUGGCAGCUUUUCAUGAGUUCAUGCACUGGCUAAUGUUGAUGAAGUUGAUAAGCAUACCCCAAGUGUUGAAGAAAACUGUGAAGGAAAGUAAUGAAAUGUUUGAGAAGAGAGUGACUGAAGAAUUCAAGAAAGCCAAGGUUAUCAAGAAAUUAAAUAGGACAAGAUGGGAGGAAUCAAAUCCGAACUUCUCAGUAGCUGUAGUGUGUAAAAGUUCAGCAAUUAUCUCAUUAUUGUUUGGAUCUCCCAGGAACUCUGUUACCAAAGGAGUGGCCGCAAUGAUGAAAUCUUGUCGCAGUUACCUGACGAAAAUUGGAAAUAAUUUUCUUCCGGUCGUCAGUAAGAGGCUGCAGCAACUGCUUGAAGUGAUGAUGACUGAUGCGGAUGACCUGAGAAAGCCUCUUGAUUACGAAACAUUUUUGACAGGAACUGUUUACUUCAGUUUAUUUGUAAAAGGUUGUAAGGAUACUAGGUUGCAGAAGUAGAAGGGAAGCAGAAGAGAAGAACAAUACAAACCACUGCACCAGAUACAAUGACAUAGAAAUCUGUUGGUAUUUCGUUUUGGAUAAUGAUAUCAACUUUGGGUGGAAAGUAUUCUGCUUUUAGUUCAGAUACCUGUGUAACAACCAUAAAAACACCUAUGUUGUUAAUUUUGCAGAUCAAGAUUUGGAACAAGGAUGAAGUCCAUUAAUGCUGAUCUGAUGAAGAUUGUAAA